CCAGGGCUCGUCCUGUUGCGUUCCGGCCAUUGUCGCGUAAAGCCUCCCGCUUGCCGAGUUGAAAGAGAGAGAGCGGGAAAACGAGAGAGCGAGAGGGCGAGAAGUUGCGUCCAGCGAGCAGAAUUCCGUUUUCAUAGGUAAUCAGACAAAAAUGAGUACCCGUCAUAAGACAUGCAUCGUAAUUCUGUUCAUCGCUAUGACAAGCAUUUUUGCUCUCCAAUGUCCAACAAACAAGGAGUGUCAAUGUACAUAUAGGAACUUGGUGCCAACUUAUGUAAGAUGUAGAAUAGAUAAUAAUAAUUUUGUUUUCGAAAUAUCUAUUAACAACGACCGUGCUUACAUAUUGAUCACUUGUAUCAACUCAGCGGACUUGUCACAUUUUAAUUUGGACGUAUUGAAUAUUACGUUUCAUAAUAUUUCUCGGAUUUCUAACCACUGGAUGCUGUUCGAAAAGUGUAAUUUACCUAAGAACAUCAAAUUGAUUGACAUUGUGCGAAUGCUAGGAGCUACAGACAUUAAGGAAUUAGUUCUUAACUCAUACAAAAACAGGAACUUGACCUUGGAAAAGCAUAAUCUAAACGGUUUUGAACAUUUAAAAAGUCUGAGAAUAAAAAACUACCACAUUCAUUUGGACAAUGAUCGGUUAGCUGAUUUGAAAGAAUUGAUAAUUCUUGAACUAUGGAACAACUAUAUUGGACAUUUGGUCGCUGAAUCUUUUGAUUUUACCCCCAAAUUAAUUGAACUCAUUUUGAGGAAUAACUGUUUGAGACGGAUAGAACCAACCGCAUUCGACAGGCUGACAAAUUUAAAGUAUUUGCAUCUAAUUAAUAAUUCAUUAACCGAGCUUCCAUCGGGUAUUUUCGACAAACUUGUCGCUUUGGAAAAUCUUGAAGUUUCAAUGAAUAACUUAUCCAGUUUACCAAAAAAUAUAUUUGCAAAGCUGGAAAACCUUAACCAUCUUUUUUUAAAAGGAAACAAUUUUAUAAAUCUGCCGAGAGAUUUUAUACAAAACAAUACAAAAUUGAUUACAGUUUACUUAUUCCACAACCAAAGAAAUCUGACUUUAUUGAAUGGAUCUUUUAGCAAUUUAACAAACCUGGAACAUUUGGACCUGAUAAAUAAUGGACUAGUCACAUUACCAAAAGAUCUCUUUUGGAGAUCAUCUUCGUUGAAGGAAAUUAUAUUGAGUAACAAUUUCCUCCAAUCUUUGCCCGUAGAAAUAUUCCAAGAUUUGUCAAAGUUAGAAAAACUGGAAUUGAGCUCUAAUUAUCUAGAAACUUUGCCGGAUAAUAUUUUCGAAAAUACCAGGAAAUUAAAAAAAUUGAAUUUAUCAAAUAAUCGCAUUACUACCAUUUCCGAAAACCUAUUUAAUAGAUUAUUCCGAUUGGAACAACUAAAUAUGGAACGAAAUCGUCUCAGAACUAUUUCAAAUUAUAGUUUUGGAUUUUUAACAAAUUUGAAGAUUAUAAAAUUGUCUCACAAUUCUCUUACAUUAUCUAAAUGGUUCUUUACAUUCAACUUAUACAGCAACAUAGAAAAAAUAUAUUUAAUUAACAAUAGCAUUUCCGAAAUAUUGGAGGAUUGGAUAACUAAUCUCAAGAAACUUCAGACAUUGGAUCUCAGCUACAACAACAUAUCUACUAUAAAAACAGAUGAUUUACUGUUUUCAUCGGACAACAUUCUAGUGAACUUGACUCAUAAUAAAAUACAACAUAUCUUUUUACACGAUGCCGAAUACAUCAUAAAAGAGAAAAGUAAAACUUUUCAUAACGUAAAAAUAUUAGUGGAAAAUAACCCAUUAACUUGUGAUUGUGACGUGUACGAUUUUCUACGUUAUUACGAAGGCGAAAUGCGUAAUGUUCAAGGCCAUUUUCAGAUAGAAUUAAACAAUUUAAUUUGUCAUAGUCCGAAAGAAUUGGAAAAAGUCCGGUUGUAUUCUAAAAGUUUAGCCUGUAAAAUACAAAACACAGAUUCCAUUACUAUAUGCCCCGAAAAGUGCGAUUGCUUUUUGAAGCCUUAUGAUAAAGCUUUCAUAUUUGACUGUUCUCAUAAAAACUUAACUAAUGUGCCAAACAAUAUAACAGAACCUAACAUUCAGUUUAUUCAAAAUUUAACAAAAUCGGUUAACACAAUUUCGAAAUUUUAUUUGAAUUUCUCUCAUAAUCGGUUAACACAAAUACCAGACUUGGAAAAAUUAAAACUCAGAUCAGUAAAUAAACUUUUUUUAUCUCACAACGACAUAUCUACCAUUUCCAAAAAUAGAUUAUCGGAGACAACAGAGGAUUUGGAGCUACACAAUAACAAAUUAUCAAGAAUACAUCCUGAUGUGCUGAGAUUUUGGAGAAAUUCUGCCAAUUUAACUCAUUUAACGUUAUAUGAAAAUCCUUGGGAAUGCGACUGUGAUGCUAGAGAUUUCUAUAAAUUUAUUUAUUCAGAAUCCGGAAUAAUCAAAAUGCCAGAAGAUUAUAAAGUAAUAUGUCAUAGAAAGAAUACAUCCAUAUCAGAAAUGACCUGGGACGAUUUUUGUCCGUCUCACGUAACAAUGAUUAUCAGCAUCAGUGCAGUAAUUGCUCUUAUUGGAUUAAUUGGUGGUAUUUUUGGUCUGUAUUACAAAUACCAAGAACACAUUAAAAUAUGGCUUUUUGCGCAUCAGUGGUGUUUAUGGUGUGUUACGGAAGAGGAGUUGGAUAAGAACAAAUUGUACGAUGCGUUUGUGAGCUUCUCGCACAAGGAUCACGAUUUUAUAGCAGACGAGUUGAUACCGAACCUCGAGAGUGGCCCAACACCAUUCAAAUUGUGUGUUCAUUAUCGAGAUUGGUUAGCGGGCGAAUGGAUACCGGAUAAUAUUGCUAGAUCCGUGGAUAAUUCUAGACGGACAAUAGUGGUGCUGUCGCCAAAUUUCUUGAAGAGCAUCUGGGGAAGAAUGGAAUUUCGGGCUGCUCAUCGUCAAGCGUUAAGCGAAGGUCGAGCAAGAGUGAUACUAAUCUUGUAUGGUGACAUCGGACCCAGAGAUGAUCUGGAUCCUGAACUAAAAGCGUACAUAUCAAUGAACACGUACGUUCAGUGGGGAGAUCCUUGGUUUUGGGAUAAAUUAAGAUACGCGCUGCCUCAUCAAUCCAGACGACCGAAAAGAAACCAUGCUCGAAGAGAGGUUCUCGAAUUUAAACUGUAGAAUCAUGAACUGUGAACAAACAAAGAUAACAAAAAACUCAUUUAUUGUAUUUCCUAAGUCACUUACGAUCACUCUAUCGUGAAUGAUAUUUACUGAUUUUUACCAACGGAUAUUGCUAUAAUCAUGAGUAAUGAAAUUGAUACAACUGCAAGUAAAAAAUUUUUUUCUAAAAUACAAAGAAAGAGAAGAUUUGACAGCGAGUAAAAAUGAUAAAUAUGAUUUAUUACAAUAUUAAAAAUAAAGUAUUAUCCCAUAAUUUAUACAACUUAAUAAUACAACCUAAAACAAAAAUAAUACAAUUUUGCUAUGUAUGCGAAAGAUUAUCACUGUACGUUGAGAAUUGUGUGGGAUUCGAAGCAUGGAGCGAAACUUUAGCUUUUCGAUAGGGUCAAUCUAUUAUAAGAAGUAACAUAUAUGUAAUGUAUGCAACAGUUUCAAAGAAAUAUGUAACGUAUUUACAUAAAUAUUAAAGGUAAAAAGAGAUGUACACACGUACUUUAUAAUAUUGGA